UGAGCACGAUAUAUAUAAGCAGCAAGUAGCUAAGGUAUUGCCAGCAUAUACUGGUAGCAGUAGUAGACUAGUAGUUAGAUAGCAUCGAGAGAGAAAUCGAGAGAGGAGGAAGAAGAAGCAGCAGCUGAUGACGAUUCACUCGCACUCGCACUUGCACUCGCACUCGCACUCACACCACCCAUACCCGCACCGCCUGAGCAACACAGUCAUCGGGUACCUCAACCUGGUGACGCUCCUUGCCUCCAUCCCCAUCAUCGGCGCAGGGCUGUGGCUGGCGCACGGCUCGGCGGCGACAUGCGAAUCCGCGCUGCAGGCGCCGCUCCUGGCCAUCGGAUUCGUCGUCCUCCUCGUCUCCCUAGCCGGCUUCAUCGGCGCCUGCUACCAUGUGACAUGGGCGCUGUGGCUGUACCUCCUGGCCAUGCUGCUGCUCAUUGUCGCCCUGCUGGGGAUCACCGUCUUCGGCAUGACCGUCACGGCGGGGGGCGGCGGCAGGCAAGUGCCUGGCAGGCCCUACCAGGAGUUCCGGAUCAGAGAUUACUCGGCCUGGCUGCAGAAGCGCGUCCAGGUCGACCGCUACUGGCGGCCGGCGCUGGCAUGCGUGGUUGGGUCCGGAGCGUGCCCCAGGAUCGCGGCUUGGACGCCCAUGGAUUACCUGCAGCAUAGCCUGACGCCAAUACAGUCGGGGUGCUGCAAGCCACCGACGUCUUGCACGUACGACCAAGGCGGCGUGCCCGUGGAGGCACUGGACGAGGACUGCUACCGGUGGAACAACGCCCCCGGCAUCCUGUGCUACCAGUGCGACUCGUGCAAGGCCGGAGUGCUGGAGCAGGUGCGGCGAGGUUGGCACAACAUCACCAUCCUCAACGCCAUCGUCCUCGUUGUGCUCAUCACCAUCUACUCCUGUGGCUGCUGUGCUUUCCGCAAUGCCCGCCGUGCCGAGUACCCCACCAACCGCAUGUCAAAGAUGAAUCCACGAUGGGAUUACUUCUGCUCAAGGUGGUGGAAUGGCCAAAGAGAGCAGCUGUACUACAGUACUAGGGAGGGAGGGUAUGAUCUAGUGAUAGUAUAGAUCAGUGCUUCCUAUAUACAUAUUGGGGGACUGAAUUUCACAUUUUACUAUCAUAUUCGUGCGAUCCUACGGGUAGUAUAAUAAAUGUACAUAAUAUCAUCAACUUUUUGCUUGUUCUCCGUGUACAGGCCAUGUUGUGAUCACGUGAGACAUUGAUUGUUCGGGAUUCGAAUGGGAUUCCGAUUGAUUUA